GGAUAUAACGUUAAGAGGAGGAUGUGUGCGUGUGUGUGGAGUAGUUAACGUAUUAGAGACACUCCGGAAGGUGAAAUGUUUAAAAUAAUUAUGUGUUUUGAUUAACAGCAGGUCUUUGAUCCUGAGGAGAAUCUGCCGGCCGGGUCCUGGAGCUGUGUGUGUGUGUGAGGGAGCUGUGUGUCUCCAUCAUCAGAGAUUAUUCCUGUACCAGAGGGUCAAACUCUAGUGACUGCUCCUGACUCAAGAGAUGGAAGAGGUUUGCUUUUCAGCCUGGAGUCCUGUGACCAGAAAUGUGCCACAAAGAUUGAUGAUCUUUGAGGCCCAACCAGCCCACUCCAUAAUCCACGUCUCUGGGAUAAUGCUGAAAGCAGAAAUUUGACAAAUGAAUCCUAUGUGACCAAAAGCACAGGGAAUUUGAAUGGCCACAAUGACAGCAAGUAACAAUGCACGUCCGACAAGAUAAUUGAUUUCUACAUCAUCUAGCACAGAAAUUAUAAAUGGCUGAGAUUCAUCCAGAUCACGAUACUGAAAGAGUGGAAUCUGUUUCAAGCCAAAUGAUCACUGAGAUUCCUAAGACUUUAAAUUGUAGUAGGUCAAAACUGAUUGUGCACUUGGAUUUAAAUAACACAGUCCUGUUGUUUGACACAAUUACCAGACAAGGGCCCAGGAGAGCUCUCAGUUCCUUUCUAACCACUGUCACUUGGGGUCGGAUCAACCAGGAAGGAAAAUGGGAAUGGCUGAGUAAAGUACCUUCCUUGAACCCACCUUGUGAUGGUGCUGUGAGCUAUUAUUCGCAGUUUGGGAGGCCAUUGGAUUUCACAGAGACUGGUGAUGGUUCCCUCUUUAAAAAGAUUUUUACAGACCACUUACAGAAAGUAGAAUGGAUGGGUCCCCACAAUGAGCUUCUAUCAAUGACUGAUGAGGAUGGCAAAGAGUACCAUCGAAUCCUUCCAUCUUUCUUUGAGUUAAUUGAUUGUUUGUCAUCACAAGGCAGAGAAUUUGCCAUCGUACUUCGAACCUUUGGGUCGGACUUGAGUAGAACUUUAAAGACCAUUCAGAUCACCCUGUCUGGUCAGCAUCCUCAGUAUCAACAUCUUCAAGCGAAACAUCUUCCAUUGAGAAUAUCUCCGGGUAAAAUCCGUUGUAAUAAAAAGAAUGUUGUGUUGACCUUGGGAUCUGAGCGGAUUUCUACACAGUCAGAUGAUAGAGCUGUAUAUCAUUAUUUCUCUUCAUUGGAAGGAAUUGUAGGUUUUCAGGAUCAUUUUGACUGGUGGUCUAGGAAUAGCUUCUCAAACGAAGGCGGUAAACCAUUUUGGAUCGAUCCUUCUGAAACUGGAAUACAGCAUAUAUUUAUAGAUGAUAAUAUCCGUCUGAAUGAUGCUGAGAGCAUUGUUCAUCCACAGGUGUUUAUGAAGAAUGGUUCUGGAACUAGGACUGUGCCAACUUCAGAGUUGUUUGAUAUUUGUCUCGUUCAGACAGACCUUCUCAGAGCUAUCCAUGACCGGAGUUACUUCAUCAAAUGUGUUCAACAGUGUGAAGAGAAUUAUAGUAAAUACACUGCACUUUCACAUUGAAGAUAUCCUACCUAAUAUAUUUUCAGGCUCAGAUACCUGAAAAACUCAGGGCAUGUUGAAAGUGAAACUGGAUAAUAAAGUUGUAUGUAACUUUGUCUUCACUUUUGUCCUAAAUAUAAACAGAGAUUGAUUGGUUGCAUUGUAAAGAAACAUUCACA